AGUCUUCACAUGAGAUUUUCUCGUACUUGUUCUCAUUUAUCUUCACGCCUAUAAAACAGCUCGCUGGUUAAGCCUCCUUCUCCUUGCACUCUUUCUUUCAUAUCUAAACAGUUUCAUCCACUCUUCAUUUGUCUUCUGAAUAAGUCUCCUUCUGCACACUUGGCUUGCCAUCUUUUUUCAGUUUUAUUUUUAUUAUUGCUCUACGUACUUCUCAUAUUCAAAAAGCCAAAACAAGAGAUAUAGAUUCCGUUUGUACUCUAUCCAGUUUUAAGCAGAUAAUUUGAAGGAGUAACUAUACCUUCAUUCAUAGCUCAUUACAAAUACAGCUAAGUGAUGGAGUUUCUUCUUGCAAUUGGCACUGGAAUUGUUGGAAAGAUUGGCGAGUACACAGUUGAACCAGUCAUACGCCAAGUGGGAUAUAUAAUCUGCUACAACAGGAACCUCAAGAAACUACAGAGUCAAGUGGGUGACUUAGGUGAUGCUAGACUAAGGGUGUGGCAUGCUGUGGAAACGGAAAAAAGAAAAGGUAAACAAAUUGAAACAGAUGUGCACAACUGGCUGACUAAAGUGGAAGAGAUCACGGGAGAAGCAAAUGAUUUUUUGAAAGCUGAACACCAAGCAAAGAUCAAGUGUCUACAUGGCUUUUGUCCUAAUUUAAAGAAUCGCCAUCAGUUGAGCAGGAAGUCUACAAAAUUGGUUCAAGAGGUCGUUGAACUCUUUGGCAAAAAAGAUUUUUCUAGUAUUGCAUACGAUAUUUCCCCAGAAGAGGUAUGUGUAAUAUCUACCAAAGAUUACGAGGCUUUUGAUUCAAGGACUUCAGUUGUGAAGCAAAUUAUGGACGAACUGAGAAACUCUGAUACAGACAUAAUUGGGGUGUAUGGUAUUGGGGGAGUGGGUAAGACAACACUCGUCAAAGAAGUUUACAGGCAAGCUAUAAAAGACAAGAAAUUGUUUGAUGAUGUUGUAAUAAUAGUUGAUGUGAAGCAAAUUUCAGACUUCGAAGGAAUUCAAAAAAAAAUUGUUGAUAAGUUGGGUAUGGACAUUGUUGGAGAUGAGAGUAUGGAUAGAAGAGCACGCCGUCUAUGUGAUAGGCUAAAAGACAAAAGGGCUCUUAUAAUUUUGGAUGAUGUUGUUGAAAGAAUUGAUUUGGAGGUUGUCGGACUUCCUCGUUUGGUGACUUGCAAAAUUUUGUUGACAUCUAGAAGCAGACAAGUAUUAUCUGUUGAGAUGUAUACACAAAAAGAGUUUCAGCUCCACGUAUUAGACGAGAAAGAAACUUGGAGUUUAUUUGCCAAGAUGGCCGGUGAUGUAGUCAAGAAUUCCAAUAUACGAACAAUAGCAACUAAAGUAGCUGAAAAAUGUGGGGGAUUGCCGGUUUUGGUUGUCACUGUCGCAAGUGCUUUAAAGAAGAGUGGACUGAAUGCAUGGAAAGACGCUUUGAGAAGACUACAGAAGUUUGACAAAGAAGGAUUUACUGAAAAAGCAUACUUGGCUCUGGAGUGGAGUUACAAUCAAUUAGAUGAGGCGGAGCUCAAGUCGGAGCUCAAGUCAUUAUUCUUGCUCUGUGGACUUCUAUCAAAAAACUCAGAGAGUGCUCGGAUUGAUGACUUGUUAUUGUAUGGCAUGGGUUUGGAUUUGUUCAAAAGUCUUGAAACAAUGGAAGAAGCAAGAAAUUCAUUGCAUUCACUGCUUGAAAAGCUAAAAGAUUCUUGCUUAUUGGUAGACAGUGGUGAUAUCACAUGUACCAGAAUGCACGAUCUUGUACGAGAUGUUGCUAACCGGAUAGCAUCAAGAGAUCAUCAUGUCUUAUCAUUAGAACACGGAAAUGAGUUGAAAGAAUGGCCUAAUAAGGAGUUUCUUAAAAAGUGCACCGCAAUCACUUCCCCUUACUGCAAUAUCCCCAAAUUUCCUGAUGUUUUGGAAUGCCCAGAACUGAAGAUAUUUUAUUUGUGGGGUGAUGAUCAUGACACACUAGAAAUUCCAUGCAACCUUUUUCAAGACAUGGAAAAUCUCAAGGUCUUGGAUCUAACCAAGUUGUGUAUUGGGCCAUCACUACUUCCAUCUCUUCAGUUCCUAAGGAAUCUUCAGACACUAUAUUUCUGUAAUUGCCUACUGGGAGACAUAGCUCAAGUUGGGCAAUUGGGAAACUUAGAAAUUCUUUCUUUUCAUGGAUCCAAUGUCAAGUUGUUGCCCAAAGAAAUAGGACAAUUGACUCGUCUACGAUUACUGGAUUUGACUAAUUGCUCCAAACUAGAAGUGAUAUCACCUAAUGUUAUAUCAAGUUUGAAAAGGCUAGAAGAAUUGAGAAUAGGGAAAAAUAGCUUUUCCCAAUGGGAGUAUGAAGGGGUCAUGAGUACAGAAAGAAGUAAUGUAAGCCUUCAAGAGCUAAAGCACUUGUCUCAGUUAACCUCGUUACAAAUACAUAUACCAGAUGCUAGCAUUCUUCCAGCAGAUUUGUUCACCAAUAAGUUAGAGAGAUUCCAAAUAUGUAUUGGUUCUGUGUGGAAUUGGGAUGAUGUGGAUGAAACCCUCAACGCACUAAAGCUCCAACUCACUAUCAGCAAUGAAUUGGACCCUGGUCUAGAAAUGUUGCUGAAAAUAACUGAAGACUUGUAUUUGGAGUUGAUGGAGAGUUCUAAUAGCAAUAUUGUCCAUCAAUUAGGUAUUGAAGUUUUUCAGCAACUGAAACAUCUCCACAUUCAAAACAGUGCUGGACUUGCAUACAUCAUUAAUGGGAAGGUCAGUUUUCCCAACUUGACAUGGUUGGCAGUGAAUGAACUCAACAGUUCAAGAUUCUUGUUAUCAUCUUCAAUGGCUAGAUGCCUUGCACAUCUCAAACAGCUUCACAUAUCUGGAUGUCAAAACAUGGAAGAGAUAGUAUCAAUUGAAGAAUCUAAUGAAGAAAAUACAAAGAACUUGUUUUGCCAGCUAGAAGAUCUAGAGCUAAAAGGCCUUCCAAAGCUCACUAAAGUCUGCUCUUCUCUAAAUUCGUCCUCUGAGAGAAUGAAAUUAGAGGAUUGUACUAAAGGUAGUACAAUCAGUGAAGAAAUUGAAGAGACCGACUCAAAUGGAAUUCUUGACAUUGUGAUACAACAGUUUCUCUUUGACAACAAGGUAGAGCUUCCAAACUUGAAGAAGUUGUCCAUUAGUGGCCUAGAAAAGUUGAGGACAAUAUGGAACGGUCAAUUCUCUUUAGAAAGUUCAAAAAAUCUAGAGUCUGUAAAAAUUGACUCAUGCCAGAGUUUGAAAAAUAUAUUUCCAGCGUCGAUGGCCAAAAAUCUUCAGGGGUUAAGCCAGUUGGUAGUGACGAAGUGUGGAGUGGAGGAAAUCAUUGCAAAAGAUGGGGAACCACAAACAACGCCAACUUUUGUUUUCCCAAAUGUCACAUAUGUGCGCUUAAAAGAAUUGCCCCAACUUAGGUGUUUCUAUCCAGCUAUGCAUGCUUCUAAUUGGCCAGCACUUCAAUCGUUGGGGGUUGUUGGAUGUUACAAAUUGGAGAUUUUCUCUGAGGCACUUUCAAGCUUUCAAGGGAAAUAUGAAUCAACCACUCCAAUUAAACAAACUCUCUUUUCAAUUGAGAAGGAUUCAUUCGCCAACUUGGAAUACUUGGCUUUAUGCAGCAUGGAGAUUUGGAAUGGGCCACUUCCAGUCCACUUCUUUAGAAAACUAAAACAUCUUCAGGUUUGUUGUCCACAGUCCAAGUCAGUUGUUUUCCUUGACAAAUUACUCGAUGAAGGGAACUCUAGUACUAGUACUAGGGAAAGAGAUGAGGCAGUUGAGAUUGGGACCCUCCCACAUUUAAGAGUGUUGGAUCUUCAUUUCAUGCCCAACCUGAUGCAUCUUGGCGAGGAUAACUCACAAUCAGCCCCCCGCAUCCCAAAUUUUCCAAAUCUGGAAAUUCUACUGCUGGAUACUUGUGACAGCUUAAGGAAUCUAAGAUCAUCCGCAAUAUCCUUCAAGAAUCUGACGACUUUGGAAGUACGUUUUUGCAAGGGAUUGAAGUACUUGCUAACUUACUCCGUGGCCAAAGGUUUAAUACAGCUCACAAAACUCGAAGUUGAGGAUUGCAAGAGACUUGUAAGUAUAGUGGGAAGCACCGAAGAAGACGAGUCGGAAAAUAAUAAUGAGAUUAUAUUCAGGCGGUUGAAACAUUUGAAACUUUCUUUUCUACCAAGACUGCGAGGCUUUUGCUCCGGAAAUUGCAUUGCUAAACUCCCAGCCUUGGAAUCUUUAUCCAUCAGCAACCGUCUCAAAUUGAAGAUUUUCCCGGCUCAUGACGAAUCGCUACAGACAACAAACGAGGACGGAGACACAGAUGUCGAUUACUAUGAGGCGGAGCUGACUGCUGAGGAUGAAAUGAAUUUGGCAACUACUGAUUUGAUAUCUUAACCACAUUUCACUAUUCUACUGCUCCACCUCGCCGAAAUUGCUCCUAUUUUCUGGUCUGGCUUGAGUGGAAGUUGUUCACCGAGGUGUGCAUUCGUGUGUUAUAAACUUAUGGGCGUCUGCUAUGCACACCAGGUGUUUGCGAAAAUGCUUGUCUGAUUGUUUGUGUGGUGAUUUAGCUGCAUUUCAAUUCUUGUGCUUCUAUUAAUUUAUGUGUGCAAGUGUUGCUUUCUUUCUGCUUAGCAAUAAAGGGAAAAAAAAAAAAAAAGUGAUUUAAAUUGGAGUUCUCCUCAUUGUUGUGCAACCUUUGGUCCUGCUGGUGCUUUGUUCUACUUCCGAUCGAGAGCUCUGUAGCUUCUUUUCGGUUUUUCUCUCAGCUUAAUAUGUUGUGCGCCGAAGUGUGUGCACGCCUAGGGUUUGUGAACAUGCUUGUACGAACAUUUUACUGCAUUUCAAUUGUUAUGCUUGUGUGGA